AUGGGUCCACAGGGCAGGGACUGGAGGUGGAACGCCCCCACCCCUGCCCGAGCCUGGGUCCAGUUUCACGGGGUGGAGGUCCCUCCGGGAGGAGUGGCUGCCUCGCAGAGGGAGGGGGGCAGUCAGCGCCUGGCAGACCCUUAUGCCUCCGGGGGCGGGGGCCUCAGCUUGGGAGGGCCGCCUCCACCUUUCCCGGUAUCUUCAAGGUGACAUGCCGGUCCCUACUCCCAGGUGGCUUUUUGGCCCAGGUGGGCCAGCCUGGGGGUGAGGGCAGGAGAAGAGCCCCAGCUACCCCUCCUCGGUCAGUGGGACCCAAGGCUUUUGGAGGCAGGAGUGGGUGUCCCCCAACCUUCAGAUGUCCUAGAGUGUCCAGGAGUGGGGGCUGGUCACCUUGGGGAGAGGCCAGGGGCUUGGCAGAAGGGGUGGCCUGGGCACUGCCCUCUGGCUGUUUCUUCUAUUUGUUCUUCUUUUGACCCCCGCCUAUGUCCCGUCAUCCCUCCUUUGAACACAAGUUCUGUUCCUGUUCCCUCCGUUCCCACCCCGUCCCCCAAGAACAUAAGCUAUCAUUGUUGUAUUUGCAAUCUAUGGACUAGAGGUUUAACUAUUUAUUACUAUUGGUUAAUUAUUAUUAUUAUUAUUGAUUAUGUAAAUUUGCCUCCUGUCUGUCUAUCGCGUUGUGUUUCUGAGGUGACCCCGGGCGUGGAGGAUGCACUGGUCCCCCCUCCGCGCCCUACCCCUAAGCUGUCCAGGAGACAGUGCUCAGGGCCACUGGUUGGGCCCCACCACCCUGGGGGCAGGUCCCACGGCCCGUUCUCCCCUCCCUCCGUCCUUGUCCAGGGCUGCAGAGCCCUGUGGCUUCUGUCCUGGGGCGCGUGGAGGGUGUUGCUCUUGAGACGCUGGUCGAAGUGAGCAGCUGUGAUGAGAGAAGGUCCUGUCUCGGCCGCCCCCGCCCCCCGUGCUGGCGGCACUGGGCAGCGGGCAAGAGCCCCUCCCUGGUCACUUCCACCCACUGUCCCAGGCGGGGAGCGGGCAGGGCCCCAGCCCUCUCCAAGUCUCUCUUGGCCCUCCCACCCCUCCUGCCGGCCCAGCGCCCUGGCAUCAGGGGUCCCCCAGAAUGGACCCGGCCCCCUCCUAUUAUUUGCUGGAAAGUCCAGCGGAGGAGAGGUGGCAGGUCCCCCCGCAUGGCUCCCGGUUCCUCUGGACUGGGCCGCCCCACCUCAGAGCCCCUUCCCCAGCGCGGACACUCUCUGAUUCCUGUCCUGUCCCCUUCUUUUGUAUUUGGAAACGACGUGUUGUAAUAAAUCCUGAGAUGGAUGUUUU